AUGACAACUCAGAUUAUGGCCAACCGCGUAAUUCAAUCCUUUUUCAAAUCAGCUAAAAUCUUAUCUGGUAAACCUAUGUACAAAGUAUUUAAUCGAAAAGUAGUGGUAAACGUCCCUUACUUCUGUACGCAGAAUAUUGGUCUGACCGAAACUCAAACCAAUGCGUUAGGUAUGGCUGUUGCCCGAUUAUUUGGCACGCAGGUAGAGCUUAGAUUGGUUCGAUUACAGUACCCGUAUUUAGACAGUGCUAUUUUGGCCCAGUAUAUUGCUCUUAAUGCAGGUAACUACAACUUUUUACGAAUGCAGAAAAUGCUGUUUAAUAAAGUUUCUUUAGCCUCAACAAAUUCCCUUCCACACCAGACCAUGGGAAUUAAAGUAGAGUUAGCCGGACGAUUACCUACACAACGAAGUAUUCCACGAAAAACAGUUGAAAACGGUCACAUCGGUUCAUUUAGUAGCACUUCUGGCCAACCAUUAGAUUUUAACCAAUACGCAUCUAAAAACAAACUAAAUGCCUUUACCAUCAAAGUAUGA